AUGUGGACACAUGUGACGGCCGUCGGUCGAUGUCUGCUGGCGGAUGGUGCCGACAGCCGGUUGGCAGCAGCAGCAGUUCGCGGACGGAUAACGUGGGUAGUUUUGGCGUGUCGACGGCGGGCGACGUCGCGAAGCGGAGCUCCGACGACGCAUCUCAUGCCCGACCGACUGCGACCCUAUGCAACUGUUGCUGCUCAUUUUUCAUUCAUAUAG